AAAAUAUUAAAAACCUUACCACUCCAUAAAGCACGUUUGGCAGUCACGUCUUUGAUCCACUUCUAUUUAAUGAUCUCUUAACCAUAUAUCUCAAAUCACCUUUUACCAUCAAUCGGAGUUCCGAUUACCUCGAAUGCUAACAUCUACGGCGAUAAUUUCUUCAUUAACCUUGGAUGCUCCAAUUAAAGUAAAAACUUUUGGAUGCUUGAUUUAAAGUAAAAAGUCUUAGAUUUUGUUCAGUGACCACUGGAAAAGGGGUGAUAGCUGAAUUAGUUAAAUGCGAGGAUCCUUUAAUUGACAAAUAAUUAUUAUUAUGAAAUCGGGGUUGGAUAAGUAUGAGUUUAGCCGCAAGAUCUACUCUUAGGUUAUCGCAGGAGAUUUGCGACAUAAGGUCCCAUUCACCUAUGCGAAAAAACUUAAAUAUAGUUGCAAAAAAUAUAAAACGCGUUUUAUACGUAAGAGGCAUAUGCACUCUAUAUGUAUAGAGAGCGUUAUCUUCAGCACGCACUUGCCCACCCACAGUGUUAUGUGAUAAAUACAUUUCGCUAAUGCACCUUUUGUUUUAACCGAAAUUGUACUUUGCAUUAUUUCUAACUUAGGUUGACAUUUGAUUGAUGUUUGGUAUCAAAAAUCAUUAAAAAAAGUUAAUUUAAAAAAUGCAACGGAAAUUACAUUUUACAAAAUAUAUAUAAAGCGGCGUUUGUGCCAAGUGCAAGUCAGUUAAAGGCCACUUUAGGUGGUUCUAUUUGCUUUUCUUUAGUUUAAAAGAUAUGACUCGAUUUCUAAUAAGCUUUAUAUACUUAACCUUUUAUGUUACUGCAUUCGCUCAAGUGGAGCUCAAGGAUGAGGACUACAAUAAAACCUGGAUGUAUAUGCCCAAUGGCGAGGGGGAAAUGGAGGUGGCAUACCUAGUUGAACCACCAGCCGAACACGAUCGCAGCGAAGUUUCUGAGUUCAUACAGCUUGAGUAUUACGGCAGUACAAACCCCGAUAUACCCGUGACAUCUGCAUUUUCGCUGCGUGAAAGUCCAAUUACUACACGUCAAAGUCAACAACGACACAAACGAGAGACAUGGGAGGAGCUAGCCGAUAGAUUCAAAGCCGACAUGAACACAAAGAUUCUGGUACAUGGCUGGAAAUCAAGUUCACGCAGUAACUCCAUACAAGCUAUACGCAAUGCGUACGUUGAUCGCGGCAAUGUAAAUGUAUUCGCCAUAAAUUGGAGUGACCAGGCGAAUAAUAUUUAUUACCUUGAGCCUGCACGUUAUACCGUGCAAGUGGGUAGGGCAGUUGCGAGAUUAAUUGAUUUGCUGGUGGAGGAAAAAGGUGCCGAACCCAAAGAUAUUCAUUUGAUAGGACAUAGCUUGGGUGCGCAUAUUAUGGGCUAUGCGGGGUCGUACACUAAGUACCGAGUCGGGCGCAUUACGGGUUUGGAUCCUGCGCGUCCCGCUUUUGAGGGUAAUACUGGACCAGAGAAUCAUCUGGAUGCCACCGACGCUGACUUUGUAGAUGUCAUACACACCUGUGCGGGUAUUUUGGGUUUCAAGCAGCCAAUUGGUACGGUUGAUUUUUAUCCAAAUGGUGGCGGCGCUUUUCAACCGGGCUGCAAGGAGCCGAUGCAGAUAUUAACUGGCUGCAGUCACGGUCGCUCUUGUGAAUAUUUCGCAGAGUCCAUUAAUAGCAAAAAAGGUUUCUUAGCUGCCGCCUGCAAUUCCAUAGUGGAUGCUAAUGCUAUGAACUGUACUGGUCAACGAAUUCUAAUGGGCGACCCGGUUUUUGGAAAUGCGCGCGGUAUAUAUUCAGUAAAAACGGCCGCUAAGCCAAAUUUUGCACUUGGCAUGGAUGGUUAAAGGUUAAAAAAAAUUGAAAAAGGUAAAAAAAUAUAAAAUUUUUAUAAAGUUGUUUAAGCACGUAAGUCAUGCAGUAUAUAAAACUGAAUAAAUUAAUAAAAAAAAAAAAAAAAAUAAACAAAUAAAUAAUGGAAGCAAAUUAGCAUCAAA